AUUACGUUUUAAAUACCUUGUUAAAUAAAUAACACCCUACACAUAUAUCAUGCUCAUAUCCAUAUGUUGAAUUCCCACUGUGAGAGAUGUAACACAUGUUACAACACAACAAUAUAUAAAUAUAGAACACAGUAUUUAUAUAUAAGACCACAUACAACAUAACAACCUCAUUUAUCAAGAUGAAGCUAAUCAUCAUUUUCGCUCUCGUUGCUGCAGUUGUUGCUGAAGAUAAGAUCAUUGGUGGGCAACUAACCCAACCUGGUGAUCUGCCUUAUAUUGCAAACCUACGUCAAUAUGGCAGCCAAUUCUGUGGGGGGUCGCUCAUCAACAAAAUGUGGGUGAUGUCGGCGGCUCAUUGCUACGUCAAAGCACACAGAAUCACCGUUGUUGUUGGUGAUUACAAUCUUGAUGUUGUAGAGAACACAGAACAAGAACAAACACCAAAUGAAUGCAUUAAACAUCCAAUGUAUAACUCCCAUACUCUGGCCAACGACAUCAUGUUAAUUAAGAUGGCGACACCGUAUACAUUGACCCAAUACGUCCAACCUGCAAAUAUGCCGAACUCUAUAAAUGACGCUCCUGCUGUUGGGGAUGAAUGUGAAGUCUGUGGGUGGGGAAAUGUACUUUCUGAUGGUACCGAUUACCCAAGCAAGCCAUACUGUGUUGAUGGUAUCUAUGUGAUUAGCACUGAUGUAUGUAACGGUCAAGAUUCCUACGAUGGUGAGAUACUGGAUGGUAUGUUGUGCAUAGGAGUGAUGGGGGGUGGGAAAGAUUCAUGCCAGGGUGAUUCUGGUGGCCCAGUUACCUGUAGUGGAGUUCUUCAAGGUGUUGUAUCCUGGGGUUAUGGUUGUGCACAACCUGACUAUCCAGGGGUUUACACAGAAGUCGCAUACUUCCUUGAUUGGAUUGAUUCAACAAUGGCUAGUAACUAAGCGAAAUAAAAACGUGUAUGGCCGACUAUAUGAACAUGUUUAUAUACAAGCUCUGAACAACAGUGAGAAUAAAUAAAAAAAAUUA